AUGGCUUUAGCCAGAAGGGGUGUGUGUGCACUGUCGUUUCUUCAAUCAAAUAGGGAGUUGUUGAUGAGAAUGACUUUAGACUCCAUAUGUAAAGUGGGAUUUGGUGUGGAAAUUGGAACUUUGACUCCCAAUUUACCAGACAAUUCUUUUGCUCGGGCCUUUGACACUGCAAACAUCAUAGUAACAAUUCGCUUCAUUGAUCCACUAUGGAAAAUUAAGAAAAUUCUAAAUAUAGGGUCAGAAGCACAACUUCAUAAGAGCAUCAAAGUCAUUGAUGAUUUCACUUACUCAGUAAUUCGUAGAAGGAAGGCAGAGAUAGAGGAUGCUAAAAAGAAUGGCCAACAAAAUCAGAUAAAACAUGAUAUAUUAUCAAGAUUCAUAGAACUGGGAGAAAGCAAUGCAUCAGACAAGAGUCUGAGAGAUGUUGUCCUGAACUUUGUAAUUGCUGGUCUCGACACAACCGCAACAACUGUAUCAUGGGCCAUUUAUAUGGUAAUGACACAUGCUCAUGUUGCUGACAAACUUUACUUAGAGCUCAAAACUUUUGAGGAGAAUCGAGCAAACGAAGAGAAUAUUUCCUUGCUUCAAUGUGACAUAGGAGACACUGAAUCAUUCAAUCAAAGAGUAGCUCAAUUUUCAAGGUUAUUGAACAAAGAUUCACUAGAAAAACUGCACUAUUUGCAUGCAGUCAUAACGGAGACCCUAAGAUUGUAUCCAGCUGUUCCUCAGGAUCCUAAGGGCAUCUUGGAGGACGAUGUCUUGCCAGAUGGAACCAAAAUAAAAGCAGGUGGCAUGGUAACUUAUGUUCCAUACUCUAUGGGAAGGAUGGAGUAUAACUGGGGCUCUGAUGCAGCUUCAUUUACACCUGAACGAUGGGUCAAGGAUGGUAUUCUCCAAAAUGAAUAUCCAUUCAAAUUCACUGCUUUUCAGGCAGGGCCAAAGAUAUGCCUUGGAAAGGACUCUGCAUAUCUCCAGAUGAGGAUGGUAUUGGCUAUUUUGUGCAGAUUUUACAAAUUCAACUUGGUGCCUGGUCAUUCAGUGAAAUACAGGAUGAUGACUAUAUUAUCAAUGCAACAUGGCUUGAAGCUUAGAAUAGAGAGACGUUCUUGA